UUACGACAUCACCCGGGAGCAUGUGAUCUGCCUUCACUGGUUCCUGAAACUCCGCAGCACGCAUGCGUCCAUUUGUACACGCCUCUUUCUCAAACCAUGUGUUUGUUAUCUGGUAAAUAAAGACGGAAGACCAGAAUCUGUAACAUAGCAAAUUCAAUCAUUAUCAAUGAAUGAUUUGCGCAGGAAAAAAACUGCAAACAUGUCGGCCCCGGAUUUAAACUUUCGCGCCCAGGUGGAGUCCGUUUUAAGCGAAUUGGUAAAGGUCGCUACGGUGGAAUUAACUAAACUGUUCGAGACACACUACCAAGCAUGUGUUGUGUCCACGGUAAAAGGCGGGGGAGGAAAAGAAACCCUGCAAAUACUGCAAUGGCAGACAGAAUCGGUCGGAAAGGCGGUGCCAUGUAGCAUUGGAGUUCAAUUCAAUGGACACCAAUCGAGGAACGAAACAGCCGAGCAUUCUGGUUCCCUAAACUUGAGAGGAAGGGCUGAUUGUUUGAAAAGCAAAGAGGAGGAGCAGGGGUUUGCUUCAACAGACACCCCCACAGAAGAGGAAAAUGGCUAUGGCGAACGCCUGGGGCUACUUGUGAAAGAGAAUGCAAAUCAAAGCCCUGUUGAAAGCAACUUUCCAACGCCACCUAGUUGCGUUAAAGACGCCAUUAGCCAUGACCAUCACAGACAUCCCAGUUGUCCCCCGUCCAGCCCAUCCAGGCCCAAGCAGCCCCCGCUGGUCAAAGGAGAGCCAGAGAGUGAGGUCGUCAAUGAGGGACCGGUGGAGGCCGUCUGCCCGCCCUUCCCCAAACGGGAGCACCAGGAGCUGGAGGUGGCUCCCUCCGAGCCGGCGGCGGCGCCCCCAAUGCUACGGCCUGAGCCUCAGCAGACCGCUGUGAGAACGGCCCAGGGCCAGGACUGCGGACCUUCCCCCUCCGACGCGGCCGCCGUGGCCCCGUUGCCGCAGGUCGAGGCGUGGGAGUGCGUUUCCCCGUCCAAGGUGGCUGCGGCGAACGACCUCCAGAUGAAGCUGAAGCGCGCCAACCGCGGCCUGGUGCGGCCCUGCUCGGUGCAGCUGGUUGACAUCGACUUGGCCUCAAAGUCGUCGGGCGCUCCCAAGAGGGUCGCUGCCCGUCACAAAUCCGGAUCGUCAACGUCGUCUUCGUCGUCCUUCUCCCCAUCCCCUCCCCCGAAAGACCUCCGGCGCCACCAGGGCCUGCACACGGGCCAUCGCCUGUGCUGCUACACAGCCUGCAGUAACGGCGUGUGGCGCCUGCAGGGGGUGGUGUCGCACACGCGCGACGGCUACCCCUGCAAGGUGUGCGGCAAGAAGUUCAAGCGGCGGAAGAUCCUCCGGCGCCACGCGCGCUUCCACACGGGCGAGAAGCCAUACGCGUGCCCCCGCUGCCCCAAGUCCUUUGCGCUGCGCAAGACCCUGCGGCGCCACGCCCGCUUCCACACCGGCGAGCGGCCGCACGACUGCUCGCAGUGCGGCAAGAGCUUCCGCCUGCGGGAGAACCUAAAGGCGCACCUGAGGUUCCACAGCGGGGAGAAGCCGUACGUGUGCUCCAUCUGCGGGAAGACCUUCCGCAUCGCCCGCAACCUGGAGAAGCACAACAUGGACAAGUGCGGCUUCCUGGUCCCCUCCUUCAGGAAGAUCGCCGGGUUGGUUGGAUAGCAGAGGAAGGAACGCCUUUUUAAAAGCAGAAGUGUGCUGUUCCAGGGAACGGGAUUGUGGGUAUUACACUGGAUUUGCGCAAAGUCUUUGACACCUGUCGCUGGUGUAAGUUCAAGCUCUUAUUGGCUGUUAUGUUCUAUCGGAAAUCAUCCGUCCCUGUUCUUAGAAGGGCUUCAGCGUCGGGAGACAUGUUAGGAGCUGAGUUAGCAGUUAGCAGGAAACAACUUUUCACUCACUAGGCAGUUUCAGCCUAUGAGGACUCCAUCCUUUUUGGGGUAGGAAGUCCCUUUUGGAAUAAGUUUUUGGCUUUUAUAUUUUCAUUUCUAUUCAGGCUCAAACACAUGAGAGGAUGUGAAAUGAAAUCCGUUUCAGGUUUCUUUCAGCGUUUAUUUGGAGGCCGUUGCAGUACUGUCAUGCAAUGACAUUACAAGUUCUAAUAUGAAGAUAACUAAAGUUUAUCAGUUCUGUACAGAUGUACAAGGGAUCAGUUGGCUACCUACUGGCUAAUACUCUUUAUGUUCAAGGUUUGACUUCAACAUACGUGCAGUUACUUUGUCAGUAGGCAAAUAGAAGUACAUCGAUUUGGUCUAAUCCUAUUGUCUAAUCCUAUCCUUCUAUACAUUUUCAGUUUUUAUAACAGAAUAGACCAAGCUUUGAUCUUCCCCAUGAGGGAUAUUUCCUUGUGUUUUUUUUAAUGUUUUUAUAUAUAUAUAUAUAUAUAUAUAUGUAUAUAUAUAUAUAUAUAUAUAUAUAUAUAUAUAUGUAUAUAUAUAUAUAUAUAUUAAAAAAAACAUUUUAGUAUAGUUUAUUUGUACUUCAUUAUGUCUGUCAAAGAUGUUCAUUAAGUAUUUUUAUAUGUUGUUAUUUUUGUUACUGUUAUUCUUUCAAAAUGUUGUUAUAAAAUAAUCUUCAGUCAUUCCAAAUAAAUUUUUUAGCUAAAGUGGAACAUUUUUUAUCCAAAAGUGUAAAUUCUGGUUCUGCAUUCAUCAAACGCCUGCCUUCACGAUCCACACGGUAAAUCUAUCCUCUGUAUGUUCCUCAAAUGCUGGAACUGUACCAGUUUAAAACUUGAACCACAAUACAGACAUCUAACAGGAAGGGUUAAGGAUAUUGCUAUUGGUAAACGGCCAAAUUAACUUGCUUCAGACAACCUGAACCAACAUCCUGUUAACCCUGCAAUGGCCUGGCUUGGGUAAUGAGACAUGGGUAAUCAGGGAGCAUUAAAGGAGGAGGAGUCGAACGAGGGGGUAGGGGGAGGAGUAUGGGCUCAAGGGACAGGCCUAUGAGACUUGCUCAUCUGGACCAUUACAUGAGGGAAUGUUAUUUUUUGUUCUGACUCAAAGCCAUGAUUGGUGGUUCUGAAACAGCAGGGCUGGCCAGAUUUACCCCUUUUUGAAUCACUCCCAUUCUUCAACCAAAAUACCUUAAUUAAUCUGAGUGAUAUUAGAUGUGCCUACAAGGGGACUAGUCUCUGGAAGGGCAAUGUUUGAAUGAAGUAGUGUCAAAAUAUUGUAUUAUCCCUGCUUUCGGUUUCCCCCGUACCUAGAAAUAAAGACCAAUAUGGAACUAUUAUUUCAGGUUCGGAUUUCCUUCUGUAGUCCAUCAUCUGUCAUUUCGAAGACCGAGGGGAAUCUAAGCCAGUACCUUUCUUUGUUGUUUUUUUUCUACCAAGAAAAUAAUCUUCUUACCUCAAUUCACUGCGCCUUUGCAUAGAUCUCUUCAG